AUGGCGCCUCAAACGAAGUUGGACACUACUUGGAACUCCAAGGAUACUCAAAUCUACUAUGCAAAGAAGUACAGACAGGUUCUUUCUUCGGCUCCUGCAUGCGCUUUGGCUGUCGUUGCAGGCGCUCCUUUGGAGAAUAUGAAAGUCCGAAUGCAAUCAUGCCAUUUCCCAAAUGCUUUCCAAGCUUUAAAAUACACCUACCGCACUGAAGGUCUUCGUGGUUUUUGGGCUGGUACAUUGAAUCCGCUGGUGUCAAUCACGGUCUCGCGCGCUCUAGGCUUUUCGAUCUACCGAAAGGCAAAGUACACCUUUGACAGCUGGAUCGAAACAGCCACCGGCCGAUCUCCCCUCCAACAUGUCAACAAGCCUGGCACCUACCCCGACCUAUCAACCGUGACUUGCUUUACUGGCGCAGGCAUGGUUUCAGGAGGUGUUACUGCCGUUGCGUUGACUCCUGUCGAACUCAUCAAAAAUGCAACCCAAACCUCCGUUCUCAUGGCUUCUAGGGGCAAAGACACUGGUCUUGGUGCAGGGGGAGAAAAGAAUGUUGCCAGAGUCAGCUCCUACAUGUCCAUGAAACGUGUCAUUGCUCGACAAGGCGUCUUGGGAUUGUGGACUGGCUUCCGUCUCCAUCUCCUCCGCGAUGUCAUUGGAAGUGGAAUCUACUUUGGCAUAUACGAGACCACCAAGCAGUCAUUGAAUUCCUACUACGGUGCCGAGAGGGCGAAUUCUGCAGGGGCUGUUGCUGUCGCUGGUGCCAUUUGCGGUGUUGGUGCUUGGGUCGUGACCUAUCCUUUGGAUACAAUGAAGACUCGCGCUCAGAACAAUCUUGUUGGCGCCGAUCACGCCCCUCGUCCCUCUUCUUCGACCACCAAGCCCACUGCGGCUCUCUCUGCGGCUUUCAACGCUGCGGCCAAGGCAGCCUCGCGCUCUUCGAAGUGGAAGGGCGUGGAGAUGAUCAUCCUGCGCUCGUCGAUCCAGAACAUGAUCCAAAUGUCGAUCUUCGAGCAGGCCAAAAUGUUCGUCGACAACCUGAGCUUUUCUGACGGCAGCAGCACCCUGCCAGAGGUGGAGCGGCACUUUGGCCGCGAUAGAAAGCUGUACAAGAAUGACCAGUUGUGA